AUGCGUGCUUGGACAUUCAGCAGCGGCGGUACGCCAGAGAAAGUCUUGUCUUUCAACCAGUCUUUCCCUGCACCCGCAACCCCAAAGGGCUCCAAUGUCCUGAUCAAAAUAUCUCACGCUUCACUCUCUUCUCCAGGGUCAAAUCUAAUGAGAGACAUUCCGUCUCUUUUGAGGAAAAACGCAAUACCGGAACUCGACUUUUCUGGCCGCGUGGUCUUGGCUGGCCCUGAUGUUCCAGCUGAAUUCGCUCCAGGCGUGGCUGUGUUUGGUACUGUUUCUAAAUCUGGCAGUAUCAUUCAUAACCAGGGAACGCUGGCCGAGUAUAUUGUGUUGAACGUUAAUUGUAUCGCCGUCAAGCCAAGCAAUAUAACAUUUGCAGAAGCCGCUUGUCUCAGCUGUCUCGGGCAAGUCGCACUGGAAAUGGUCCGUCAGGCUAAGAUCAAAAGCGGCGAUCGAGUUCUUGUCAAUGGGGGUAGCGGUGCUGUAGGAGCAGCUGCUAUCCAGCUCUGUAAGGACUUGGGUGCCUUCGUCGUGACAACUUGUUCCACCAAAAACGCCUUUAGGAUGAAGCAGUCCUUAGGAAGAAAGACUAACCUCUCCCUCGCCAAGAUGCAGGUUAUUGAUUACGCUCUAGUCAAGUCCAUACCUGUUGCCCUUGAGAACUCCUACAGCGCGAGCCAGUUUGAUGCAAUCCUGGAUACGGUAGGCUCUCGAGAAUUGUUUCUGCGAUGCCCAAAGUAUCUCAAGCCUGAGGGCAUAUUUAUCAACGUCGGCGACGGCAACGAAGGUCAACUUAGUCUCAUUCUACACACGCUUCAGAAUGUGUUACAGCCGAGUUUCUUAGGCGGCGUGCCGAGGCGAUAUAUGACAUUCAGCGCGCCGUUGAAUGGGAAGAAUGCAGCGCACCUUGGAAACUUGGCUUCGAAGGGCAAGAUGAUGGUGUUCGUUGACUCAACAUUCUCGUUAGAAGACGUCAUUAGCGGAUACAAACGCUACAAAGGUGGUCAAGCUCAAGGCAGAGUUGUCAUUGACAUAGCUAAUAUGGAUACACAAGAUCAGUAA